CUAACAUUUUACUAUUUUAGCACCCGAUUCUGCGUAGACUAGUAAUGGACCAAAAGUCGAGACUCGGGGCUCAACGGCACUGAUUCUGAACGAGUGACUAGAGACUACUGAAUAGGCACGUGCCAGCCCAAUUUGAAUCUGUAAGCACCAGGAAGAAAACCCCUCUUCUCUUUCUCACCCACUUCUCUUCCGCUUUUCUCUCUCUUUCUGUCUCUCCUGUGUUUUGUUUUUUUUGAAUCGGAGGCAGGAGCAGCAGCCAUGGAAGCGAUACUGGUGGACUGUGUGAACAACAGUCUCCGCCACUUCAUGUUUGGAAACGCCAUUUUCAUGUGCGAACGCCUCUGCGCCGAGUUCCCUUCCGAGACAAAUUUAGAGUUGUUAGCUCGGUGCUAUUUGCAAAAUAAUCAAGCCUAUUCUGCUUAUCAUAUCCUUAAAGGAACACAAAUGGCUCAAUCCCGCUACUUGUUUGCAAUAUCAUGCUUUCAGAUGGACCUCUUAAAGGAAGCAGAAGCAGCAUUAUGUCCUGCUAAUGAUCCAGGCGCCGAGGUUCCCAAUGGUGCUGCAGGGCAUUACCUUCUUGGUCUUAUUUACAGGUAUACUGAUAGAAGGAAAAGUGCUAUCGAUCACUUUAAGGAGGCUUUGUUGGCAGAUCCUCUUCUCUGGGCUGCAUACGAAGAGCUGUGUGUAUUAGGUGCUGCUGAAGAGGCAACUGCCAUUUUUGGUGAAGCAGCUUGUCUUGGUAUUCAAAAACAGUACUGCCAUCACCUGGCAGUUACUCACAACAUGCAUGUGUCAAGUGAAGAUCGCACUGUAGCUUCAACUAGAAACUCCAGCUCAGAAGAUGGUAGUCCAAGGCAGCUGAAACAUAUGCAAGGCACUAACUUGAGAGAACUAUCAGGAAAUUGCCAUGUCUCAUCAGCAGGAGUUGGUAGUCAGCCUUCAAAUGGAGGUCCCCCAAGCUUAGGAUUUUACAAUACUCCUUCACCAAUGGCACAGUUCUCGGGCGUUGCACCCCCUCCAUUAUGUAGGAAUCUUCCGGCUAACGGUCCAAAUCUUAGUAAUGCUAAUACUGAUAACUCUCCAAAGUCAGUUGUGAACGCCAAUUUUCAAGCUCCGCGAAGGAAGGUUGUUGAUGAAGGGAAAUUACGCAAGAUUUCUGGAAGGCUAUUCCCUGAUUCUGGCCCUCGACGUAGUUCAAGACUUGCCGCAGAGGCGGUGACCAACGCAAAUGCGACCACCACGUCAGUUGCGGGGAACGGGAACGGCAAUUCUUCUAAGUUUCUUGGAGGUUCCAAGUUGGGUUCCAUGGCAAUACGUUCUGUAACCCUUCGUAAAGGACAGUCUUGGGCCAAUGAAAAUUAUGAUGAAGGGAUUCGUAAUGAGGCUUUUGAUGAUGUGCAUGCAAAUGCUCCUUCUACAAAUCCUACUCCGUCACCAUCUGGUGAAACUAGAUCUACUGAAGCAGAUGGAGCAACUGUCCCUGUUGGCACGGCUGUGAUAAGUGCCUCAAAAAUCUUUAGUGGUACUUCUGAAAUAUUAAGCCUCUUAAGAAUUCUUGGAGAAGGCUACAGGUUCUCUUGUUCUUAUAGGUGUCAGGAUGCUCUGGAUGCAUACAUGAAACUACCAUACAAGCACUAUAACACAGGAUGGGUACUUUCCCAGGUUGGAAAAGCAUACUUUGAAUUGGUUGAUUAUCUGGAAGCUGACCGUGCGUUCAGUCUUGCUCGUCGUGCAUCACCAUACAGUUUGGAAGGGUUAGACAUAUAUUCUACUGUUCUUUAUCAUUUGAAGGAAGACAUGAAGUUAAGUUACCUUGCUCAAGAAUUGACAUCGACUGAUCGCUUAGCUCCCCAAUCUUGGUGUGCAAUGGGAAAUUGCUAUAGUUUACAGAAAGACCACGAAACCGCUUUGAAGAAUUUCCAGCGAGCUGCACAACUUAGUUCAAGAUUUGCUUAUGCACAAACACUUUGUGGACACGAAUACAUAGCUUUGGAGGAUUUUGAAAAUGGAAUCAAGUGUUACCAGAAUGCAUUGAGAAUUGAUACCAGACAUUACAAUGCCUGGUAUGGACUUGGAAUGGUCUACCUACGGCAGGAGAAAUUCGAAUUUUCCGAGCACCAUUUCAGGAUGGCUUUCCAAAUAAAUCCACGUUCGUCUGUUAUAAUGUCGUAUCUCGGGACUGCAUUGCAUACGUUAAGGAGAAAUGAAGAAGCGCUGGACAUGAUGGAAAGGGCGAUAUUGGCCGAUCGGAAGAACCCUCUUCCAAUGUAUCAAAAGGCUAAUAUCCUUGUUAGCAUGGAAAGCUUUGAUGAAGCCUUGGAAGUUCUAGAAGAGCUCAAAGAAUAUGCACCUCGUGAAAGCAGCGUCUAUGCAUUGAUGGGUAAAAUUUACAAGAGGCGAAACAUGCAUGACAAGGCCAUGCUUCAUUUUGGCCAUGCCUUGGAUUUGAAACCCUUCUGUACCUCGGACAUGUUUUGAAUCUUCCAUUCGGUGAUGAUAUCAUUUAAGGAUAUUCUACCCAACAAAUUCUUUGGUAUCGUGUUGAUCAACAGGCUGCCAUUGAGAAGCUGCAUGUACCAGAUGAGCUAGAAGACUUGGAUGAUGACUAGAUGCGAGCAGAUACAGAAGGUCAAAGAACCUGGUACAGAGUUCGUGAUUAAGAGAGGAAGGUAUGACCUGAGGCCAGAACUUGUCUGCUCGUGCUUUUGAUGAAUCGCGAAAAACCAGAGGCUCUUCCUCGAUGUGCAGACCUCGGUGAAGACAUCUCAGUUUUGAUUGAUUAGAUGAUCGAUUAAUUAACACACACUGCAGACCAAAACCGAGGCGCUGGGAAUCUGCCAAUACUUUGUACCAAAUAUACUUGUGUAUCGAAUUCGGAGAAACAAUGGAAAAAGGGGUAAAAAGUUAGUGUACCAUUCAUCUGUGUUACUGUCAAAAGCUAGUUUACCAUUCAUCUGGUAUCUGUGCCUCCUGUUCCUUUCAUAUGUAAUCUCAUGCAAUUCUUCAAGGCUGUUAGCUAAAUGAAUUGUUCUCUUUCUCAAUAUUCUCAGGAUUUUGGAAAUAUAAUCAAGUAUUACCCUA